CACGACCGCAUUGAGCUGUCAUUUGGAGAAACUGCCCGUCAUCCUCGACAGGGAAACGAAACGAAUACAAAUAUGGCCGCCCCUCUGCCGGUCGUUGCUUUGCUCAUCGCGCUGAUGCAAGGUGUCCUUUGUGAGACCUGGAAGGCCACCCUGCCCAAGAGGAUGGAGGGCGUCGCUGGCUCCUGCCUCGAGGUCCCGUGUCGUUUCGAUGUCCCCCAAAAGGAGGAAGCCAACAUCGUGAACAGCUCGUGCGCCGGCAUCUGGAAGAAAGGACGAGUGGACGCCCCCCCCGUCUUCAGUGAAGGGCAUCCUCACGCCAACACCAUGCAGGGGGAAAUCGUCGGGGACUUGGCGAAGAAGAACUGCAGCACAACGUUCCACAGGUUCCCCAAGAACCAGAGCGACAUCUUCUUCUUCAGACUCAGCUGUUUAAAUCACGUCAAGUACAAUUUCCAUGAAGGCGUCAUGAUUGACGUCCGAGCAGAGCCGCCCCCCCCCCAGCUGACCUCUGUGGGUCAGGUGACGGAGGGAGACCAGGUGAGGCUGCAGUGCUUUGCCCCAGUGCCCUGCUCCACGCUGCCCCCCUCCAUCACCUGGCUGCCCCGAGACCCCUCCUGGCAGGAGCAGACGCAGACACAGCAGAGUCUGGACGGACUGAGGACGAUGACCUCCACGUUGACCUUCGCCGCCUCAGCCGAGCAUCACGACCACAGCGUCUCGUGCUCCGUGUCCUACCCGCUGACCGGAGGGGGGAGCAGCCGCCCCCCCCCUGCCACCCACACCCUCAACGUCCUGUACGGCCCCCGAGGGACCGAGGCGACUCUCAGCACGUCGGUUCCCGUUCCCGAGGGCAGCAACGUGACGUUCACCUGUCGGAGCGACGCCAACCCGCCUGUGAGCCUCUACACCUGGUACCGAGUGGACGGCGGCGAGUUGACGGGGACGGGCGAGGGACGGACGCUGGUCCUCAAGGUCACUCAGAAGGACAGCGGGGCUCAUGUGUGCGAAGCUCGAGCCCAGAAUCUCUCCCAGUGGUCCGCGCCUGUGACCCUGGAGGUCAGCACCACCUCAGGCAGCAGGUUGGAGGCGGCUCCCUACGCCCUCUGUGGAGUGCUGCUGGUCGUCUGCGUGGUGACUGUGGUGGUGGGUGUGUACAAGUACCAGAGUAUUUCCGGGAGGCUGAAGCGGAUCGAGCUGCAGGUCGAGCGGACCUACACCGACCUGAGACCCCGCAGCGUCACCUCCGAGUACGAGCAGCUCCAGUCACAUGGGCCCACGGCGACGCCCUCUGAUGAAGUUCACAACUACGAGAACCCCAUCGCCCUGCGAGCCAUGUACAAGAACCUCCCCCCGAAGAGCACCUGAAGCUGCAACGGUCCAAACGGGAUGUUUCUACAGAAACAUUUUGGAAAAGGCUUCACAAAAAACAAAUAUUUUUGCCACGUGGGCUUUUUCACACAGUUGUUUGUGUUUGGAAAACGUUUCAUCCGGAAAUGAGAUGAGAAAUCUGUGUGUAGGAGGAGGAGUAAUAAACUUUG